AUGGAGACCAUCAUUACAGACUGGCUGCAGGUCGAAGGAGGCGGCAAUCCCAAGAGGAAGCGUGCAGAGUUGGUACAAGUAUGCUCCGCCUGCCACGCGAAAAAGAUAAAAUGCGACCUACAGAAACGGCUAGCCCAAGGCGAGGAACGAUGCACGGCAUGCGAUGGCGCCGACCGCCAGUGCGAUGUGCGACACUCGAAACGAAGGAGGAAAACGACGAAUCCAACCACGACUAACCCAAAAACGACGCCCGCCGCGACAACUUCACAACCAGCCCGGCCCCCGGAGGAAUACAGAAGACGGUCGGUGGUCAGCGAAGCCCAGGCCGACCUUCGCACUCCCCCAUCGUCUCAUUUCAGCCAAGCUCGCAAUAAUCUGCCAAAUACCUGCCCUUCCUACAUAUCAAACCAUAGCCCCGAGUCCUUUCGCACCACGCGCACCGGCGACACGGGCCACGAAUUACGAACUGGCAGAACCGCAAGCGACGUAGACACUGGCUUUCUUCAGGUUUACGGUCCAGAGCAAGAUAUAGACGUCGAGGAACAGGAGCAGGAGGCCGCAUUGGGCCACCCCCACCACAACACCCUUGCCUUUCAACAAAGAGAGCUGCACGAGAUAUUUGCCGAAACCUACAGCGAGUAUUGCUUCACAUGGUGUCCCGUACUCGACCCCGACACGCUACUGCGGGAAGUUGCACGGUCACCACUGCUGGCCAAUGCCGUUGCCCUUGCCGCGAGUCACAUACGGCCUCCUCUCCUCCCCCACGAUGGACCGGCAGCCUAUUACAAGGCCGCCACCACCAUGUUCUACAACGACGAGGAGCCCGACCCCCUGACAACGCUACAGGCCGUGUCGCUCUUUUACUGGUGGGCAAAGAAACCACCAACCAUGAUCCACCGUCACUCGAGCUGGUGGUGGCAAACCGUCAUCAUCCGCCAGGCACAGCAAAUGAAUAUACAUCGGGAAACUCAGGCACCAAAAGAACCACCCGAAGACGACGCAUCGCCUAUCGCCCACGCCCAGGCCCUGCUCUCUGUUGGAGGCCAUUACUUCCCAGCUCCCGCAUCGGCAGUACCGUACCGACCCGAGAUCAGCAUCCGCCGACGCAUCUGGUGGACGGCAUUUGCAAGGGAGCGACUCACUGCACUCUGCCAAAGUAAGCCGGCUGUGAUCGACCCAGAAGAUUGCAACAUACAGGAGUGCACCCUACAUGAUUUUCCACCUGAUCCGACGCUUCAGCGCAAAGGAGAAAUUUUUAUCCAUUGGGUCAGGCUCUGUGGCAUCAUGGGUCGCAUGGCCAAGCAGCUCACUCGCGCUUCUCCGACUGAACCUUUCCCUUUACACCUGAGGCGUGAGCUGGUCAGCUGGGUCAAGUCCCUGCCGCCUCAUCUGGUUCUGCCCAUACAAACAGGAACGACCCCUGCUUCCUCGUUUGACAGGGACGUCCACAUGCUACAUUUGCCGUAUUUCACGAGCAUUAUUGUUCUACACCUUCGCAAGUCCGCCCGCGCCCCCGUGCCACAGGCCCUUCCAGCCGCGAUCCUGGCUGCGAGCUGCACGGCAAGAAUCCUGCGCGACGUUCUCGCUAGAGGUGACUCUAGAUAUCUACCAGCAAUCACAUGUUGGUAUACGGGCUCAGCUUUUAUAGCUCUGCUCCAAGCCACCCGCAUCGAAAGCAUAGCUGCCGAGGCAACUGCUGGGCUGGACAUCAUCACUGCCACGGUGGACCAGCUGCAAAUCAUGUGGGGAUCGGCCAAGAUUAUUCGGAAUGGCUUCGACAGGUUACGGUCGCAGCAGCAUCAGCUGCAUGCGCAAAGCCGGCAACCGAGCGCCGUGUCUGUUCCCGAAACAGCUGCGCCGGAAGCCGAACACAGGAUCACGCCCGUAGUGAGCGAUGAGCUCCCGGAGCUGGACAAGUGGGAGAGCCUGUUCCCGUUCGUGACGAGGGAUACGAGUGGCAUAGCUGCUACGUUGUUGCCGAUUAGGAGAGAGCCAAGGGACGCAACCAGGAUGCCAACUCCCGAUAACAUGUUGUUCCAAGAUAGGGACUCGUACAUGGCUGGUCUUUUGGAUCCCUUUGGCUAUGGCAAUUUGGAGUUUGCCGACCUUGGAAUGCCUGAAUUCGGCGUGUGA